AUGACCGAACCUAUUAAGAAACAGGAUGCUGCCGAUUUGCUCGCUUCAUUGAACAUUGAAAGCAAGAAGAAAGAGGAAGACACCAGGAGCCAAGCUGUGGAUGCUAAAGCUGCGAAUACGUCGGAAAAAUCUACUUCUGAACCAAAAAAACCUGUCGAAACGGCAGACCAGACAAAAACAGACAAAGACGACUCGAGUCUGGUCAAAUCCGAAUAUGAGGUCAAAGUCAAAUUGGCCGAUCUUCAGGGAGAUCCCAACUCGCCACUGUACAGCAUUAAGUCGUUUGAAGAGUUAGGAUUGGCACCAGAGCUUUUGAAAGGGCUGUAUGCAAUGAAAUUUCAAAAACCCUCUAAAAUCCAGGAAAGAGCACUGCCCUUGCUUUUGAACAACCCACCAAGAAACAUGAUCGCACAGUCGCAGUCUGGUACCGGUAAGACCGCUGCGUUUUCUCUCACUAUGCUUUCUCGUGUCGAUGUCGCGCAGCCAGCCACACAGGCGAUUUGCUUGGCGCCAUCGAGAGAGCUUGCGAGGCAGACGUUGGAGGUUAUUCAAGAAAUGGGAAAAUUCACUAAGGUCACAAGUCAACUUAUCGUGCCCGACUCUUUCGAGAAGAAUAAGCCAAUCACUGCCCAGAUCAUUGUUGGUACCCCCGGUACUGUGCUGGACUUGAUGCGCAGAAAAGCGAUUCAACUGGGGCAGGUGAAAGUUUUUGUCUUGGACGAGGCCGAUAACAUGCUUGAUAAACAAGGUUUGGGCGACCAAUGUCUCCGUGUGAAGAAGUUCCUGCCAAAGGCCGCCCAGAUGGUCUUAUUUUCUGCUACUUUUGACGACAGCGUGAGGAACUACGCCCGCAGAGUAGUGCCCGAUGCCAAUUCCCUGGAAUUGCAGAGAAACGAGGUCAACGUGAGCGCGAUCAAGCAGCUGUUCAUGGACUGCACAGAUGAGAACAACAAAUACGAGGUGCUUACGGAGCUGUACGGCUUGCUAACCAUCGGGUCGUCCAUCAUCUUUGUGCAGACCAAGCAAACCGCAAAUGUGCUGUAUGCCAAGCUGAAACAAGAGGGCCACCAAGUCUCAAUUUUGCAUGGUGAUUUGCAAAGUAACGAGAGAGAUAGACUCAUCGACGAUUUCCGCGAGGGACGCUCCAAGGUGCUGAUCACGACCAACGUGUUGGCGCGUGGUAUCGAUAUUCCCUCGGUUUCGAUGGUGGUCAACUACGAUCUGCCCACCACGGUCCAGGGCAAGGCUGAUCCAGCCACCUACAUCCACAGAAUAGGAAGAACCGGUAGAUUUGGCCGUACCGGAGUUGCCAUCUCGUUUGUCCACGAUAGAAAAUCGUUUGAAGUUCUGACAGCGAUCCAAAAGUAUUUCGGUGACAUUGAGAUGACCCGUGUUCCUACUGAUGAUUGGGACGAGGUCGAAGAGAUCGUGAAAAAGGUUUUGAAAGAGUAG